AUGCCGAAUUUACGUAUUUUUGAUAUACAUCAUGAUGGUGGUGUACAACGUAAUCAAUUAACCUAUCAUGAUUUAAUUAAUCAAUUCAGAUCAUCCUUUUGGAUUGGACGAGAUUGGUUUUUUGCACAUCAACAUAAUUGGCUUGAACGGUUACAAAGUGGAGUUUUUUAUUCAACUGAACCAUAUAGACGAAAAGAUUUUACAUUUUAUUGGCAAUUACAUAAACAAAUUUGUCAAUCUGCUCAAGAAACAAAUUUAAAUUCAGUUAAACACUUAGGAUUGAUUGACCUGGGUAGUACAAAAGCAAAUAAGAAUCCAGCCAAUUAUUUUCCAAAUGCUACGGAAUUAACAAUUAAACAUUGUCUUGAAAAACUUGAUGAUUCAUUAGUACAAACACUAAAUAGUAUUGUUCCCUUACGUCAACUUACCAAAUUAAUUAUUAAAAAUUUUCAUAUUAAAUUUGAUCAAUUUCUUGAUGUAUUAUAUUUGACACCACAUUUACAUACAUUUAAAAGUGAUUUUUUAUCUCUUGAUAAUAUUGAUUCAAGUGCAAUUAGAGAAACUGAUACUUUUCGACAUGUAUUACACACAAAUAGAAUUAAAACUUUCGAACUUCGUCAUGAAUGUACAUUAGAAGAUAUUCAAUUGAUUGUUGAUUUAUUUCGUCAAUUGAAUUAUUUAAAUAUUGGAAUGAAAAGCAAAGAAAUUCGACCAAUAAUUAAACAUCAAUUAACUGUAAUGAUUGAAAAAGAAAAUCUACUUGAUGAUUAG